AUGGCAUAUGCUGAACAGAAUGUAACUGAAGAUACUAUAGCAAUUGCAAAACCAAAACCCAAAGUAUGUGGUGAUGUUCGUGUAACAUUAUUUGAAUUACGUCGUGGUCUUGAUGUUCAUGCAUUAGCAGCUUGUGAAAUAAUUCUUGGGUCAGUGACAUAUGCUCCAAUGCAUUCGUUAACAAAUGUUAAUACAACAACGACAACACCAAUACGUUUUCCAUAUCUUCGUGAAGUUUAUGGUUAUAUAUUAUUAGGUUAUUCAUCAUUGCGUUCAUUUUCAUCGAUGUUUCCACGUUUAUCAAUUAUACAUGGAAGAGAAUUAUAUCAUAGUUAUUCGUUAAUUAUAAUGGAUAAUUUUUUAUUAGAUGAAUUAGGUUUAACAUCAUUGAUUAAUAUACGUCGAGGAAAUAUAAUUAUAGCACGAAAUGCUCAUUUAUGUUAUGCGAAAUCUUUACGUUGGAAUGAUAUUAUGGAAACAAAACAGACACAAGUUAUUACAAGACAAAAUCGUGAUAAUUGUGCUUUUUGUCCUACAUGUCCAUCUGCAUGUUGGUCACCAACACAAUGUCAACAACGAUGUUCAUCACAUUGUAAAGGAAAUUGUCUAUCAGAAACAGUUUGUUGUCCGAUUGAAUGUGUUGGUGGAUGUUAUUAUGGUAAUAUAACAAAACCAUCAAAUUUAAUUUGUAAUGCUUGUAGAAAUAUGAGAAUUUAUGCUACUGGAAGAUGUGUACAACAAUGUCCACAAAAUAUGCUUAAAACUGGUGGUUCAUUGUGUGUCACUCGAACAGAAUGUACAUCAUUCUUUAUGGGUUCUGGUUUUAUUUUGGAAGAAGUCAGUGAAUGUGUUAUAUCUUGUCCAUCUGGUUUUAGUCGUGAAUCAGGUUCACGUUGUAUUCGUUGUACAUCAUCACCAGCUAAUAAUUAUUGUAUGGGUGCAUGUAAAGAAAAACAUAUUCGAUCAAUAGGAGAUUUUCAAUCAUUAAGAUAUUGUUCACGUGUACAUACAUUAAAUAUAUAUAAUAUUGCAACAGUUGAAAAUCGAGGAAAUAAUUUUAAUGAAGCAUUUACAGCAUUUGAUUCACUUGAACAAAUUGAUCAUGAAUUUACUAUACAUAAUGCUAAAGUAUUUUCAUCAUUAAGUAUGUUUUCUCGACUUCAUCAUAUUGGUAUAACAACAAAUGCAACGAUAACUAUUGAAGAAAAUGAAUUUUUAACUGAACUUUGGCCAUUAUCACAACCACCACCUAUUAUUCAAGGAAGUUUAAAUAUUGUUCGUAAUGCACGUUUAUGCUUAAAACAAAUUGUUGAUUUUGUUAAUUAUACAAUGACACAUGAAAAAGAACUUCAAGUAACACCAAAUACAAUGAAUGAAUAUGCCAAUGGAUAUUUAGCAUCAUGUGAAUCAAAUUUUUUACGAAUAACAAUCGACAGAAUACGUUCAUUAACUGCACGAGUUAAUGUUGCUGUACCAAAAGAAUUAUUUUUUCGUUCAAGUGGCAAAGCUGAACAUUUACGUCGACCAUUCUUAUCUGUUUAUUAUAAACCAACACGAACAAAAAAUGAAACACAUUUUGAUGCUAUACAAUCACAUAAAUGGUUAAGAUUAGUUGAAAAAGUUAAUUAUAAUCUAGCACCACAUGGAGGUUCAUUUACAAUGAGUGUUGAAUUAACAUCACUUUUUGGUGAUGAAUGGUAUGCUGUUUAUGCAUCUAUCACAUCGAAUGUUAAUACAGUUGGUCUGUUUUCUCCAAUUGCAUAUUUUCGUACAUUACAACGACAACCUGAAUCCGUAGUUAAUUUACGUGGUGAAUCAUUAUCUCGUUCAACAAUUGAGUUAAUGUGGCAGCCACCAUCGAAAUCUCAUGGUCCAAUAGCAACUUAUCUCGUUUAUUAUGCCCCGAUUGAAGAUCGUUUACCAGUAGAUAAUUGGAAAUUACUCUGUUUAAUGAAGGAUCGUUGGCCAUCAGAAGUAAAUGCUCGAAGAACUGAUUUGAAUUAUACACAAGCAGCACGUUGUCCUCGACCAAAAUCUCGAGCUAAUGAUAUAAUUACAGAUAAUGAUGAAGAAUUCGAUGAAGAUGCCGAAGAAAGUCAAGGUAUUGAUCAAGUUGUUACUGAUUUAUCAGUACUUGAAUAUCAACUUAUCAAUUCUGUUAGUCAACGAAAAGAAGCCUUAUUUAUUCGUCCAGAACUUAAAGAUACAAUUAUCAAUGAUUUAGAUCACUAUUUCGAAGAUAAAAGUAGUGCUUUUAAUGAUCAAUUAAAAUCCGAUUCUCAGGAACAACCUGUUGUUGAACAUAAACCAUAUGUUACAGAUUAUAAUCGUUCAAUAGCAAAUACACGAGUUAUUAUUGAUCGUUUAAGAGAAGCACAAUUAUAUAUGUUUCAAGUCUAUGCAUGUCAUGAUAUAUCAACACAAGUAUUAUCUGAUGCUUGUAGUCAUACUGGAAUUACAAUAACUGUUCGAACAAAAGCUGGUGAUCCAUCACGUGAUAUCGUACGUAAUGUUAAACUUAUUACUCCAGUCGAUAAUUCAAAUCAUUUAACAAGAAAUACGAAAUCAUUUAACUAUUAUAUAUCAUGGUCGAAACCAUUGCAACCAAAUGGACUUAUUUAUUUUUAUAUGGUAUAUAUCGGACAAGAUAGUAAUAAUGGACCAAAAGAAGAACGUUGUGUUGGACAUGAUACACACUCCGUAAAUGUAACACUUUUACCACGAACAACUUAUCGUUUAAGAAUAAUUACAUAUACAAUAGCAAGAUUAGAUAAUGAAUAUAAAGAUAAACAAGUAAUAAAUGAUGAACAAUAUUCAUUAAAUACAACAAAUUUAUUUUUUCAAUUAAUUUUUACAACAAAAGAUUUACCCGGUAAUGAAUUAACUCGACAAAAUCGUAUUAUAUUAAUAAUAUUAAUAACGGGUUCAAUUUUACUUUUAUCAAUAAUUAUAAUUGGUGCACCAUUUUAUUAUUAUAAAUAUGGUCGUGGUGAUACAAAAGCAUCGAUUUCAAAAAAUCCUAAUUAUGAAUUAUAUACACCAGAUCAAUGGGAAAUUGAUAAAGAUUCAGUUACAUUAGAAGGACUUAUUGGUCAAGGUCAUUUUGGUCAAGUUUAUAAAGGUGUUUUGAAACUACAAGAUGGAACAUUAACACCAUGUGCUGUUAAACUUCGAACAACUCAUCCAACUGAUUUAUUACAAGAAGCAUCAAUAAUGAAACAAUUUCAAUGUCAUCAUGUUAUACAAUUAUAUGGUAUAUGUUCACGUAUUCGACCACCAUAUGUAGUUAUGGAAUUAAUGGAGAAUGGUGAUCUGAAAAAUUAUCUAUAUCGACAUCGACAAAGUGAACAUAAUCCAAAUGAACCAACAUUAUCGGAAUCAGCUAUGAUACAAUUAGCAUUAGAUGUAGCUGAUGGAAUGUAUUAUUUAUCAGAUCAAAAAUUUGUACAUAGAGAUUUAGCUGCAAGAAAUUGCCUUGUUAAUGGAAAUCAUACAUGCAAAGUUGGAGAUUUUGGUUUAACUCGUGAUAUAUAUGAAACAGAUUAUUAUCGACGUGGUGGUCGAAGUUUUCUUCCUAUUCGAUGGAUGGCACCAGAAAGUUUAAGAGAUGGCCGGUUUGAUACUGUAUCCGAUGUUUGGUCAUUUGGUGUUCUUCUCUGGGAAAUAGCUACAUUAGCUGAACAACCCUAUCAAGGUUAUGGUAAUGAAGAAGUUGUUCAUUAUGUUCGAUAUGGAAAUAUAACACUUGAACGUCCAUUAAAUUGCCCAGAAAUUUUACAUAAAUUAAUGCGUGCUUGUUGGACAUUUUCACCCGGUGAUCGAAUAUCUUUUCGAUCUAUAGUUGAUGAAUUAGUACCGUAUGAAAAUGAAGAGUUUCAUUUGCAUGCAUACUAUCAUACACAACCAAAUCAAAUCCAGGAAACAGUAUUAGUUAAUAGUAAUAAUAAUGACGAAGAAGACUUAUUAUUAGUUGAUGAUGAUGAUGAUAGUGCACAUUUUUAA